UUUAACGGAGUUCUAGGGGAUUUGUUUUGAUUAUAAAAUAUAACCUAGCAAAUGUUGAUAAGAUGCAGGUGGUAGCAAAAGUUCGUCUUUUUAGGAAUCCUUACACAAUAUUUUUUAUAAGUGAGGACCUGAGUAUCUUGCCUGAUGAAGAAUACUACAAGUCUAUUGGCGUGAAGAUAGGAGACUGCUGUGAACUAGAAAUAGAUGGUGAAGAUGAAGUUAAAAAGAAACUGAAACUCAGAACGAACGCGUUAUUUCUUCAGCCUUUUGUGAAGGAAUGUGUGAACUCUGAUGUGUAUAGAGCUAAUGUGGUGUCACAUUUGAACCGGCUGGGUGGAUAUCCUGCUUGUGGAACAGUGUUUUUGAAAUUGAUUCUGGAACCUCCAGAUAUAGAGAUAAUUGAUUAUGCUUGGAAUGAAAGAAUACUCCGUUUGAUUUGGACAAGAGUUGAAAUCGAGAAUGCCUUUUCAUGGUUGUCAACAUUGGGAGGUGCCUACUCAGCUCUUGGGGACUAUUUUGAUCAUUGUGCAGAGGAAGCAGGCAGAAUAUCACUCAGGCAAUAUAAGCUCUCCAUAAUGCUUGGUGAUGAAGGUUUAGCAGCAAGGAGUCGUCUCUACUCCGCACUGUCACAAGCCCAAAAAGGCAACCUACACAUAUCUAGGAACAUUGUACGAAGAGUUGCACAGUUUGCAAGAGAAACGCAAGACCAUCGGUUGAUACGUAUGUGCCAAGGUAUUUGGGCUAAGCUCAAAUACUUGAGAUCUUUAAAAUAUGAGUCCUUGACCGCAAAAGACAAAGACUGUCACAAUAAAAAUGGGAAAGUGCAAAAUGCUGUUACAAAUUGAACCUUACACAAGAGGCAUAGUGGUGAAAACUUAUCUCUAUGCAUAAUUUCAAUCAUGGGUCCUGUUUAUGUAUCCCUGAUCAGCAAUAUGUAAGUGCAUUAUUUUUAUCUAAUAGUCUAUGUAAUGUGAUUUAUUAUAUUUUGUUCCAUUUAUUAUUGUGUUGAAUUUAUACUGCCAAUGAUGUAAUUGAAAUAAUGUUUUAUUGCUGUGUGAUUUGGUUCCAUUUUCCAGUGACUGUGCAAUUUUAAUAAAGUAUGUGCAAUUGCAAGGUUCAAUAUUUUAUUUUGUAUUUAAUAUGGGAUUGCAGUAGGGUAAAAAUUACUUUGAGAUGGUUGAGUGUGUCAAAUAUAUAUUGAAAAUUCUAUAAGGAUGUAUAACUAAGAAAGCUGUAAUUUAACUCUGUGUAUUAACUUUAUUAACG